AUGUAUAUCAGACCUCUCCUAACAUACGCCGCCGAGGCCUGGGGCCCUUGCAUCUCGCUUUCAAACUGGAAUCUCAUUGAUUCAGUUCAGACCAGUUGCAUACGGACCAGCGCUGGCCUCAUGAAUUUCGUAUCCAACCAAAACGUUCGAGACUCUGCCAGACUAAAAACCCUACGUGAAGUAGUCACAGACAACCCAAAACGCAUAUUCGAUCGAAACACCUUCUCAAAUCAUAACCAUAUAAUAGAAUUAGGCCGUGACGAAGCCGAAUUGACAAUUAAGACAACUCCAAAAAUACGACCAUUCGAUUGGUCACAUACAUAA